AUGGCUGCUCUCAGUAGCAACAUUGUUGUUUAUUUGGAGAUAGCUGCAUUGUAUUUUAACAGUGCGACAACUCUAACAAACAAAAACAAGCCGUCGUAUGAAGUAUUGCAAAUAAAAGUGCAAAAUAUACUUAUAAUGGAAUUAUCGCCCAGUCAAAUCGACAGAAAACCAACAUUAACUGCCGACGGAUUAGUGCAAACAUCAAAUUCGCCUUUUGAACCCACCACAACCAGUGCGGAGACACAAACAUCAAACGGCGGGGGCGGCGUCAACACCGGUGGUCCGCUGACAGUCGAUCAGAUCGACGUAGAGAUUUUGCCACUCAUAUAUGAUAUAGUGAGAAGCGUGGAGAAAGACCCUCUAGAGAACGCCGUAAAGCUGCGCGAAUCGCAAGACUGCAACCACAAGAUAUUACAGCUGCAGAAGCGUUUUGAGUCAGCGCGCGAGCAAAUCAGGCAGCUGCCGGGCAUUGAUUACAACAAGGAGGAGCAACAACAGCGCCUCGAACUGCUACGCAGUCAACUUAAGCUCAAGCAACAGCUCAUACGGAAAUAUAAGGACACAGAGUUCUAGUGAGGAUGGUGCUUCGACUGCUAA